AUGAGUUCUCUUGCUCAGCCCGGAAGAGAUAUUCUGAAUAUUAACAAUUUGCCUCCGGAGCUGUUAUCCUACAUAUUCGUUUUUGGCGAACAAGCAGAGCGCUUUACUCGGACGAAUCAAGCCACUGAGCAUGUCAGGUUUCCAGAUGUUGCAUCGCAAGUGUGUCGUCACUGGAGAAUUGUCGCUAUCAACAACCCAGCAUUGUGGACUUAUGUUGUCAUGAAGCGUCCCGGGGAGCGUGAAGUGGCGAUGCGCUACGUUAGCCGUACUGGUCUGACUGAUAUCCUCGACAUCGAAAUCGAGAUGCGGACUGAAUUUUGGCACCAGGCUGAAAUCUCUCCAAUUGAUUGGAUAGCACAACGAGCACAUACGUAUGAUUUACUCGAGACCUUGAAGACUAUGGGUGCGACUCCCGACCGAUGGCGAACACUAUCGGUCUGGGUUAGGCAACCUGAACCUCUAUUCGAAGUAGUCAGCUUCUUGCACAGCCAUGCUACCCCAGUGCUCCAAUGUCUCUCCCUCAGAUGGGGUUCGAAAAGCAUGCAAAGUCACGAAGAGAGCAGAGCAAUCAACGGCAUGGAAAUGUCGCUACGAUCUCUUGUACUUUCUGGCACCUCAGCACCCUGCCUACGUCAUGUGGAGUCCACUUCUGUUCCUUGGCCAUUUAUUUUGGAGCGCCCUUCCCCGUUGUUUACUGGGCUAAUAAGCCUGUCCCUCACUGCGGCGACUCGGCUCACUUCUGUUGCCAAUUUAACUGCAUUGCUCCGCGGAAUCCCCGACUUGAACCGAUUUUCACACACAGAAUGUGUUCCCCUAAUCUCACUUCGUUCAUUAUCCAUUCAGAGCGCUUAUAGUAGAGGUGAUUGGAUUCUUGAUAUUCUCAAGGCAAUCCGAGCCCCCAACCUUGAAACCUUCACCUUGGCCACCGAGUUAUAUGCCGAUUAUGCCAGCGGAACAACAGAUUAUGAGCUCAGGCUCCUGAACUAUUUAUCUGGUAGCGACCUGGAUGGAGACGCCAGCGAGCCCAUUACUUCGACAGAAACUACAUCAAUUUAUGCUUUACUGCAUGAGCUCGAUGUUUCCCGUGUUUCGUGCCAGAGUGGAGGGAGAACGAUGAUCACCCUAUUAUCUUCGUUCCCAUCCAUAUCAUCUCUCUCCAUCGCCAGUCACCAAAUGGAUUGUUUAGGAAGGUCACCGUGGUUACUCCCCAGACUGAAAGUUUUGAGAUUGAGCGGCCUUUUGUGUUCGGACCUGGGGAACGUGCUCCGUCGCCGGAAUUCAGCUGGGUACCCCAUUCCAUUCGUAGAGCUGCAAAACUACCAAUACUGGGACCAAGAAGACCGAGAUAUCUGGCUCAGUACUCUACCCGACGGUGUCGCUGUUACAGAAUACCCGGAGUUAGAAGACAUAUCAGACAAUGAUGGAAGUGAAGCGGGCGAUUGGGAGGACGAAGCCAACGACCCCUAUGAAUAUCAACUUGGUACUGAGAGCGAAUGGAUGGAAGGUGCUGGAACUGAUUCAAAUGAUAGCGACUCGAUACACGAAUAUCCGGUGGAAUAUGAACAGGAGGAGUACGAACCGUCGGAUGGGUAUAGUGAAACCGCGGGUUAUUCGGAAGAUUUUUACUUUCCAGCAUGCUGGGUUGAUGAUAAUACUUUCCUGGACGACAUCUAUGGUUUGGAUAACCCUGGGGGCCCCUAUGAAGGAUAUCAUGAAGAUUUCGACCCGUUUACCACUGAUGUUUACUUCGACGGGCUCUACGGUUAUGAUGGUCUCGGUGAAUAUGAUGGUGGGGAAUUUUCGGAAGACAGUGGAGGUUGGGACGAUUAUGGCGAUGGCGAUGGCUAUGACUACGACUACGACAGUUAUGACUAUGGCCAGGAUGAUUACAUUGACAGUCUGGGUGACAUCUAUGAAGACGCCUAUGAUGUUGACUUCUGA